CUCCUCCUCCACAAAUAAAUAAAAAAAUUUAUCUCAAGCAAUGGAUUUUAUCGGUCCAAGAUUAGUCAUUCCGAUAGACCUAAAAAAGAAGCCUUUGGAACAACUACUACCACUUCAUAAUCGGUGGCACCCUAAAAUUCCCCCGGUUGCUGAAGUCGCAACCGGAGAGAUCUUUCGGGUGGAGAUGAUGGACUUCAGCGGCGGUGGUAUUACCCGGGAUUUUGAUGUCCAUGACAUCAAACAUGCCGAUACUUCUAUUGUUCAUUAUCUGAGUGGACCAAUCAGGGUAAAAGAUGAAAACGGUGUUCCGGCAAAACCAGGAGAUCUUCUUGCGGUUGAGAUCUGUAACUUGGGUCCUCUUCCCGGAGAUGAAUGGGGAUAUACGGCGACGUUUGACAGAGAAAACGGCGGCGGUUUUCUAACCGACCAUUUUCCUUCUGCUACUAAAGCUAUUUGGUAUUUUGAAGGAAUUUAUGCUUACUCUCCUCAUAUUCCAGGGGUAAGAUUUCCUGGUUUAAAUCAUCCCGGAAUAAUUGGAACCGCUCCUUGUAUGGAACUUCUUAACAUAUGGAAUGAACGAGAAAGGGAGCUCGAAGAAAAUGGUUUGAAGACGAUGAAGUUGUGCGAGGUUUUGCAUUCGCGUCCAUUGGCUAACUUGCCGUCGAAGAAAGGUUGUUUACUCGGAAGGAUCGAAAAGGGUACGCCGGAGUGGGAAAAGAUAGCGGUUGAGGCUGCGAGGACAAUUCCGGGACGAGAAAAUGGAGGGAAUUGUGACAUUAAGAAUUUGAGUAGAGGAUCAAAAGUGUAUCUUCCUGUUUUUGUGGAAGGAGCAAAUCUUAGCACAGGAGACAUGCAUUUUUCUCAAGGCGAUGGCGAAGUUUCGUUUUGUGGUGCCAUUGAGAUGAGCGGUUUCCUUGAAUUGAAGUGUGAAAUUAUAAGGGGUGGGAUGAAAGAAUAUCUAACUCCAAUGGGGCCAACUAAACUUCAUGUGAAUCCCAUAUUCGAGAUAGGGCCGGUAGAGCCACGGUUUUCCGAAUGGCUAGUGUUUGAAGGCAUCAGUGUCGAUGAAACCGGAAGGCAACACUAUUUGGAUGCAAGUGUCGCUUACAAACGAGCGGUGCUCAAUGCGAUUGAUUACCUCUCCAAGUUUGGCUACUCAAAGGAACAAAUAUACCUCCUUCUUUCGUGUUGUCCAUGUGAAGGAAGAAUAUCAGGGAUAGUUGAUGCCCCAAAUGCCGUCGCCACGCUUGCCAUUCCAACCGCUAUAUUUGAUCAGGAUAUUCGGCCAAAAUCAAAUAAGGUUCCGAUAGGUCCUCGAGUGAUGAGGACGCCCGACGUCUUGAAAUGUCGUUAUGAAGGUAGCUUGCCAACUACAAAGAACAUUGCCACUGCUUCUAUAGCUCAAACUAGCGGAGUUGAAGAGAUAAGAGAGUAGAUUGAUUAAUAUUAAUGUUUGGGAAUAAUAGUUGUAUUAUGUUAUAUGUCACUACUUACUAUUCAAUAUGUGGAAUUAUAACCUUCUAAUGUCUUAUAUAUUCAGUA